UGUCACUGAUCCCCUCCCUCCUCUAACUAGCUCUCAGCACACAAGGAAAGGGCUGAAAGCGAGCAGGUCCUGUCUGAGCUUAUCCGCUCCAUUGAGAGAAUCAGGACGGAGGUGGGAGAGCUGAUUGGAGCUAAAGAGAAGGCUGCAGUGAGUCGGGCCAACGAGCAAAGGGAACAACUGGAGCAGGAGAUCCAGGAGCUUAGACAGAGGAAGGCUGAGAUGGAGCAGCUUUCUGAGACAGAAGAUCACAUCCACUUUCUGCAGAGUUUCCAGUCUGUCUGCGCCCCUCCUGCUGCUCAGCAGCUCUUUGAUAACAUAGAUGACUCUUUCUGGACUCUGAGGGAAGCUGUGUCUCGACUCAAAGACCACCUCGAGGGAUUCUGGAAGGUGGAGUUGAUGAAAGCAACUAUAGCAGUUGACGUGACUCUGGACCCUGAUACAGCACACUCCUAUCUCAUCCUGUCUGAGGAUGGAAAACAAGUCAGAUGUGGAGAUAAACCACAGCCUCUCCCUGACAAUCCAAAGAGAUUUGAUAAGAAGAGUUAUGUCUUGGGCAGGGAGGGAUUCACCUCAGGGAGACACUACUGGGAGGUGGAGGUGGUGGAGAAGAUACGCUGGGUACUAGGAGUCACCAGAGAGUCUUCUCAGAGGAAGGGGGGCAUCACUGAGAAACCCCAGCAGGGAUUCUGGGUUAUUUGGUGGAAUGAAGAAAAUAAUCUGUUCAGUGCCGUCAGGGCCCCCCGGACCCCCCUCCCCCUGAGCCCGAAGCCCCGGAAGAUGGGGGUGUAUCUGGAUUAUGAGGGAGGGCAUCUCUCCUUUUACAAUGUGGAGACCAGAUCUCACAUCUACACUUUCACUGACACCUUCACUGAGAAACUCUAUCCAUUGUUUUCUCCUGGUCUUUAUUCCUCUGGUAAGAACGCAGCUCCACUGAUCAUCUGCCCGCAUACCUACACAGAUUAAUACAGAUUACCAGCACGAGGAACAUGGUCACAGGCUCCCCUUUUCUUGUGUUGAAGAGAUUUUGGUCCCUUGUUUUUAUCCUUUUUUUGAGAAAUGCAAAUAUUUUAAAGAAAAAAAUACGGUAGCUAAAUCUAAUCAGUGGGAAGGAAAUAUUUUAAAGCCUUAUUUAACAAAAAAAGCCUGUGUUUAAAAAAAAUAAUUUACUUCUUACUCAUUUUGUCCACCAGGUGUUGCUCCGUAUAAAUGAAUAAUUUGAGUUUUUUUUUUUGGAAAGAGACUUUAUGCAUGAAAUAAAUGUAAUGUACUGU